CGUUUUUUCUGUCCUGGUGCCGCCUCUCUCCCCCCCACCAGCUCGUUGCCGUUUUUCGCCGCCAUACUUCAAAGUCUUCUCGUCCAGAUCCCAGUGACAUUGUCCGCGCACUCGCCUGUCCAAUCUCUCCACUCGCAUCAGUGCCAUGUCGACUUCCAGCGUUGAUUUGCUCACCGACACCGCUUCCAUCCAGUCCAUGAUGGCUUCGGAUCUGCAUAGCCCUCGGAGGCGCCUGCAGGCCAAGCCCAAGUUCGAGCGUCGUCCCUCCGAUAUCGGGCUCAUCCGGACGGCCGUCCUCAUGAGUCCCAUUAAGCCGCUGGUGCACUACGACUACCACGCCGAUUCGACCCCCGCCUCUGGCGUCCCCGACGACGACUCGAGCUUGAGCGACAACUCUUCCGACAGCGACUCGGACGACGUCCCCGAGGAUGCCAACUCGAGCAACAGCAGCCUGCCUAUUGACGACGACGAGGUCGAAGCGUACCUGUCGGUGCUCGCUCUCAAAACCAAGGCAUGGAAAGAGGGCUAUCGCACCCUCGACCGUAAGGACUCUGCCGUCUCGCAGCUUGCAUCGCCAUCCUCGAUAGAGUGCCCCAAGGUCGUGGUUGUCUCGCCCUCGGAGCCGGCUGCUACUGCCGAAACUGGCUGCUCGCCUUCGCUCUCGUCCCUUUCAAGCCCGGUGCUGACUCCCCUGUCGCGCAAGGUCACCCGUAUCGGCGACGACGGCUCGAUGCACAUCAACUCGCCCUCGCUGUCCAAGGAGUGCUCGUGUCCGCUCUCGCUGCCCUCGGCUACCCUGGACGCUGCCGACCUGCUGGUAUCGCCCUCUCUGGCCACGCUGCGGCUCGCCAGCGCCGGUGUGUUUGCCCAGACAAACCCCAUGUGCCCAGUCCAUGGCCUGGACGAGGCCUCUUCGGAUACGGCCGUGCUCUCGAUCCUCGAGGAAAUGGACCUGAUUUUGGCCUCGAGAGAGUUCAAGGUCCGCUUUGCUGCCGAUGCCGACCUCGAGACAUGCUACUCGUACGAGGACUAUGUCGAACGCAUGGCCCACAUCAAGAAAAAGUCCAAGAUUGCAUCCAUGAUCCCGCGCAUCUUCACACGCUCGUCGUAGCGCCACAACGGGGAGGAAAGAAAUCCCCAUCCCCAGCCCCCCUGCUCUCCAUGGUCGGCCAUGUCAGUCCACAUAAUCUC